CCGCUCUGGGCCCCGAGUGGGCACUGGGCUAUGGUGAAACUCUUCCUGCGCCUCUGAACACAUCGAUUCUCCGAUCUUUCGACGCGAGCACAGCUAGUUCUGGUCAGAAUCCCAGCGGCUGGUGGCAGCUGGGCCUCGCCGACCGGUGGCUCGCGGAAUCCCUCCGUCUUCCCUCCGAAUUCUCAGCCGGAUCACCGCUUCGGUGGGGCCUGGAUUUCGAUGCCAAUCGCAAGUCGGUGGUUGAAGUUCAAUUUUGAUUCCGGUAUGUGAAUGUUGCAGUGAGGAGGUCCAGUUCUCGGCUUGUUUGUCGACUCGAACAGGUGGAGCGAGGCGAGGCGAGGCGAGGCGAGGCGAGGCGAGGUGAGUUGAGUCGGUGGCUGAAAUGGCAGCCACUCCAGCUCUAUCGAGGGGUGUCGUGUGCUCUCGUUUCUCCGAGCUGUCUGCGAAGACCUUGGUGGCGACCUCCGCGUCGACUUCCUCCGUGCCCUCGUUAUCAGCUCUGUCUCUGCGGUGCCCCGUUCUCAAGAGCUCCGUGGGCGGUGUCAAAGUCGGUUCCAAGCCAUGGGAGAAUUCAUGCAGCCAACUCUUGGCCGUGCAGCUCUCGGGGAGCGGGCAGAGGAGGAGCGCAGGGUCGGUGACUCGAUGCGUACAGACCGAGAAGGCAAUCGUUCAGGGCAGGACCGAGGACGAAGAGGAGGGCCACAUUGUGGACGCAGAGGACGAGGAGGGAAGUGACAACGACGGACGAAUUUCGGAGCCAGAGGACUUCGGCGAGGUGGACACGAUUCUGGCCAGCCGAGUCGUCGAUAGGCAGACUCAGUACCUAAUAAUGUGGAAGGAUGACCAUCCCGACAGCUGGGAACCGGCCGAGAACAUCGCCAAGGACGUGACGGCCGAGUAUGAGACCCCGUGGUGGCAAGCCGCCCGAAAAGUGGACGUCGAUAAGCUCAAGGCCUUGCUCGAUGCCGAAGAAGUGCAACGAGAUGUGAACGCCAUCGAUGAAAAUCAAAGAACAGCACUUCAUUUUGCUGCCGGACUUGGGUCUGAGAAGGUGGUCAAUCUCCUCGUCGAGUACGGAGCAGAUGUGACUUGGCAGGAUAAGGAUGGUUUUUCUGCCCUACAUAUUGCAGCUGGUUACGUGCACACCAGUGUCGUGAAAGCAUUAAUUGCUGCAGGAGCCGAUCCUGAUCUCGAGGAUGACAAAGGACGAUCUCCUCUUUCACUUGCGCAAGAGCUACUGGACAGAACGCCGAAGAAUAACCCACUGCAAUUUGCGAGGAGAAUAGCUCUGGAUCAAGUGGUUAAAGCUUUGGAUGAGGCCAUGUUCGAAACUGUAGAGGUUGAGCAGAUUUUAGAGAAGAGGACAGGGGAUGAUGGUGUGGCAGAGUACUUGGUGAAGUGGAGCGAUGAGUCGGAGGAUAGCUGGGUGCAGGCAUCGGACAUCGGAGAGGAUCUCCUGAAGGAUUUUGAGGAUGGUCUAGAAUAUGGAAUGGUAGACAAGGUUUUGAUGAAGAGAUUGAUCGAUGGCAAAGUCGAGUAUCUCGUGAAGUGGACAGAUGAGGCAGAGACUUGGGAACCAGAGGAAAAUGUUUCGCCUGAAGUUAUUGCAGAGUUUACUGCCAGCCUGCAAAGUCAACAGAGCUGAUCUAGCAGCCCGUUAGGGACUUAGGAACAUUAUCGAGGUUUAGAAGUAUAGAAUGUAAAGUUGCAACUUGGAGCGGUAAUUAGGACGGAAGGAUGUGUGACACUUUGUCAAGAAAAGGGCCUGUCAGUCCUUCAAUCAAUAUUUAUCUUAUCGCAGUUCAAAUUCUGGCUCCUUUUAUGAUUCCUUCAGUAGACUUAGGUUUGUGAAGAAAAGCGCAAUUUAUCAUAAGACAUACACUUUGUAAUAUUGAUAGGGUCGUGAUGGCUGGAGCAGCCGUUCCGAGAGUGGACUGAAGGAUCUCUUGACAGAGUUCGGAGGUGUGGCUUGAGUGCCAAUUGUAAUCUCGACAGUAGGGAGGCAGAGAUAUAUCUUGUACACACGACGGACAUCGCGGACACCUCAGGCGUCUGGUUUGUCCUAGGCUAAUGUGAGAUGUCCAAACUCACACACUUUAUGGUUUUCUACGAUCUGCAGAUUGUUGGAUGGAGACAUGGACCGUCGCUGCCAAAUCCACGGUAUCGUACUGCCCCUCGAGGAAGUAAGUUGGUUAGUGCUCGUGGCAAAUAAAACUCAAGUAUUAUGUUAAACUG